UUGCAAUGUGUCCGUGACUUUAAAUAGUUAAAGCGACGCCGAUGCUCCUAGCCCCGCAUUUUGUCGACUUAAUGGAUGUGGUUUGACAAGUUACUUCGUCAAUGUCAACCUUUCUACUGUAGUAUGUAAAACGGGAUUUUUACCUGCACCCUCAAAAACAACUGACCGUGUUGUCUAUGUUACCUGUGAACCACACCUAUACCGAUAACAUCGAACUAUCGCCUGGGCUACCUGUUUCCUGUGAUUGACAAAUCUACCGUGUCUCAGGGGCGUACAUCACUGUGAAGAUAUACAGUAUGCCUAUUGAACUAAAAUCCUACCAAGUGGGUCAGGGAGAUCAGACAAACCAGGGUUAUACUCCAGAUGACCAGGACGAGAUUCAAAGUCCAAAUAACGUCACGAUCCAAAUAAAAAAUGGACGACCUGGAGACAUAGAUACCGUUACGGACUUCGACGAAGAACCACCGACAGGUCGCUGUGCCUUGUGUGUGUUUAACAUACGACAGAAUGUAGUAAGCGGCCUGAUGUCACAAAGGAUCCAGAUCCAACGAUGUGUGAUCAUUAUAAUCCUUUGUCUUUAUUUCGCCUACUUUGGGUACUGUAUGUACUUCCGUUUCGGUGACGAGGGUUCUAUCCGGCUGCUGGUAUGUACGGUGUUUGGGGUUCUGCUAGCAUUUUCUUUGCUAGUUGCAGGGAGGACAAGGAAUCAAAGACGCCGACUAUGGGAGAGAAGUUUAAAACCGUGUGUUACCUCUAGGGCAGGCAGGCGUUGUCACGCGAUUUUCUCAUUAUUGCUGAAGAUUGCCGUCUUUUGCGUUAUCGCUGCUUAUAUUAUUUUUGACGUGGCUAUCGACCAUCCGCAAAACCUCAUCGCUGUUGCUGGACAGGCCAUCUACAUAAUCAUCUUCUUCGUUUUCUCUAUAAGUCCAGCCAAGGUGAGGUGGCACACCAUAUUUUGGGGAUUUGCUCUCCAGUACAUCCUUGCACUCAUCAUUCUGCGCCAGGAAUGGGGCUUCCAGAUUUUCAAGUACUUAGGAGACCGCGUGGGCGAGUUUCUCCAACACUCUGAUGCAGGCGCAAUCUUCAUGUUCUCAGACCCAUUAAUCAGCGCCCACAUAUUCGCUUUUACGGUGUUACCCAUCGUCGUCUUCUUCUACACGAUGAUCAGUAUUCUGUACUACCUGGGAGUCAUGCAGUUCGUCGUACGAGUACUGGGCCGUGCGCUAGCUUUUAGUAUGGAUACAACUCCUGCCGAAUCCCUUAACGCCGCGGGGAACAUAUUCGUCGGUAUGACAGAAGCACCGCUGAUGAUUGGUCCAUUCCUCAAGGACAUGACUUCCUCAGAGCUCCACGCCGUGAUGACAGGAGGGUUUGCCACUAUAGCCGGAAGUGUUCUCGGGGCUUACGUCAGUUUUGGUGUUCCAGCUAACCAUCUAAUAUCUGCUUCCGUUAUGUCAGCUCCGGCCGCUCUGGCCAUCUCAAAACUGGCCUAUCCCGAGGUUGAGGUGAGCAAGUCUACAACCAAGGACUUUGACAGGAUGGAGAAGGCAAAGGAGCGGAACAUCAUAGAGGCAGCUACAGCCGGUGCCACAGCCUCCACCAAACUUGUGGCGGCUAUCGCUGUCAACAUCAUCGCUUUCCUGUCCCUUCUCAACUUUGUCAAUGCAACUCUCGUGUGGUGUGGAGAAAGGGCAGGUAUAGAAGGCUUUACACUCGAGUUCAUCUGCUCCUAUGUGUUUUUCCCGGUCGCCUUCUUCAUGGGAACGGACGUAGCGGACUGUCGUAAGAUAGCGGAACUAAUCGGCGUCAAAACUUUCACAAAUGAGUUUAUCGCCUAUCAGAAACUGGCCGUCGUCAUCAGUAAUGGCGACGCUCUCGCUAACUACACAAGUUUUUUUAACAACACAGCACACUGGUACUGGAACAAUGGGAACGUCAUCCUCAACAACACUAGACAGGAGCUGGUGGGAGGGGUCAUAUCGAGCAAGUCUGAAGUCAUAGCAACGUACGCUUUGUGUGGUUUUUCCAACUUUGGCUCAAUCGGUAUACUUUUGGGAGCGAUGGGCGCCAUAGUGCCAACACGCAAAAGAGACCUUACUCGGAUGGUAGUCCGCGCCAUGAUUUCAGGAACGGUGGCAUGUUUCCUCACCGCCUGUAUCGCAGGACUCCUGUACAAAGAUUAUUGAACACGUGACCUCAAAUUAAGGUGCAAAAAAUAGUGCUCGCAAUCACCUUGAUAUUGGUGGACCGUCCGGCAUUGCAGCAGCCUACCCAAGCAUGGCCAAUAAACUCCUCGUUGUUUUUGCCUGGACAAAGGAACCUACCUACUCCGUCGUUGACAAACUUUGCUCUAGGCGUUGACCGUUUAUUCACACUUAGAAAAUGUUGUAGCGCAGUCAUUAACCAAUCGGAGUUCAAUAGAUGAACAUUUGUACAUAUAAAGGUCAUUUGACCAGUCCAGCGAGACAAUCUCGGCGACACAUCGUUAUCCCUAAUAGCCAGAGUCCGGUCAUCUAUAUAUCUGGACAAUGGCUCACUGGACUGUAUAUCUCAAUUAUCGUUAAAUUUGUAUACAUAUAUAUAGUCCGACCCUUUUCUUCAAUAGGCAAUUGAUCGUGUAUCCCCUUGAAUUUUCAUGAUUAAUGUUGCUAUGGACCAAGGUCACAUGAUUAAUGUUGCUAUGGACCAAGGUCACAUGAUUAAUGUUGCUAUGUACCAAGGUCAAAUGUGCAUUAUGUGAACAGGUGUUAAGUGUGUUUAAAUUUUAAAUUAUGUUAUUUGACAAUAUUCGUGACAUUUCCAGAUCCUAUUUUUGUUCUUAUUUAGAAAACAAGCAGCAAUUAAUAAACACUAACGGUUUAACAAAAAGAUUCACGUAUAGUACUUAUCGGUUGUUGAUUCAGAACAACAUAUCAAUGUAGUAGUUUCCCUCAAAUGAAAUGGGGUUGUUAAGACACGCAUUAUAUACCGAAACGCAAGAGAAUUGCCAUUAAGUCAGUAAGCGAUCAAGAAAAUUAACAUGAUGUCAAAAAUUCCGACACAUCCAUUUCUAUUUUAAGUAAUUUUCUACAUUGUCGCGCGGAAACUUACUUUCAUCAGUAGUUUUUUUUAUCCAUACACUGUAACUGCGCAUGUCCUUUUUAUUGGCUACUUAUUAAGUUGGAAGAAUUCCGCGCUUUUAUUUCUUUUUGUUUAUAGAAAAUCUCUCAAAUGAAGUGCCUUGAAGCUAUAUCCAAUGUCGAAUGUAUGUACAUAUAAGAUGACGAAAUUAGCACUGUAGUACUAUAUUCGUUCGAUAAAGAUAAGUAAACAAUAUGAACCAACGCAAAUAGUGAUCAUGUAAAUGCAUUCGGGGGAACAACAUUCGAAGAAGAAGUACUGGACUUUUUCAUGUCGUUAACCGUAAAAAGUUAAAUUUCACCAGAGGCUUGUCUGAUUUAAAAAAUAGUAUUUUUUUGUUAUUAUAUAAGGCUUCAGCCUUCUCUGAUUGUUUGAAAUAUGUGUACUUUAUCAAUAUAGGAUAUUAGGGGUUUUAUAUACAGAUGUAUACAAAUAUAGUGCAUAUUUGGUGUUAGUCCGAAUUAUUCUGACGUUUCUUCA